GUCACUUAUUAUUUCAUAUCCGUCCACUUGAUUCCUCGCCGCACUGCCAGCAGCAAUCAACAUAAAGAGGAUGGAAGUGCCGCAGCCUGAAACUUGAGAGUCUUGUUGUUUUCAUCAUUGUUUCAUGAUCCUACUUCUUCGCUAACCGUUACAGUACCAUUAAUGCAUUGAUUCUUUCCCGCACUGGAUUCGCCUGCGGUUGCUGUCAUUACUUAGCGCCGAGGUCCCUCCACGACGCGACUUUUCAUGAUCUAAUUUUGUUUCGUUCCGAUCCACCGAGUUGCAGCGACUCUUGUCGCGAUUCUGCUCUUUGAAGUUUCCGACCUGCAGACAUCCUCAGAAUCAACGCGACUGUCAACGACGUCGAGCACAUCCGAUUUACGCGUAUUCGUCGUUGUUUCCAAUGGCGUCAACAGCAUCUGCGGCCGAGCCAUACCCUCCGAAUAUGCCGCUAACACCGGGCGAGUCUGACCACGAGGACACAACCCAGUCAUCUCCCAUGGUGGGAAGAAAGCGCAACGCAGGUGAGAUGGAAAAUGAUGGUGAAAAGAGCAACACCUCAGGGGCGGACCAAGACCAGGGCCAGGGCGUGGGCGUGACGGAAACCAUCGAGGCCGAGGUCAGCCCCGAUUUUACAAUCGAAUGUCCUCCACGUCCAAAGCGUCCUACACAUUCAAAGCGCCCUAGACGUCCAAAGCGCAAAAUACCGUCAGUUCCGGACAACGUGCACAUAGAGGAGGACGCGCCCGUGCUGGCGCCCAACCUGCACAUUAAGUACGCGGUGAGACCGGGCGACAAGUGGGCGAAGUUGCUAAAGUUUAAGAAUGCAAAGUUCAAGGAUCCUGUCGCCGUGAUCUACUCUUCAGGGCAGAUAGUCUACGUCAACCGCCAUACUCCCGUUCGACCGUGCCCACCCGCCGAGGCAACCGAAGACGAAAAACUCCAAUACGACAAGGAAAACCUCUGGGUAGGCUUGAUAUCCGAUUUCAGGGCCGAAAAUCAGGAGAAGGUCUAUGCGCGAGUGUUCUGGUUGUACUGGCCUGAAGAGCUACCAAUGGGCCGACAGCCGUACCACGGAAAGAGAGAACUGGUGCUGAGUAAUCAUGUCGACAUAAUUGAAGCGCAAGCCAUUGCAUCGCACGCGGAGAUCAGUCAAUGGGAUGAGAAUGAUGAUUCAAACAAAACGGUGCUGCAGGAGCGGUAUUGGCGACAAACGCUGGACCUCAACAAGUUGGCGAGAAACCCGGACCACGCGUUGAGCAAGUUACGCCAAUUCUGCAUAUGCGGGGGGUACGACAAUCCGAGCCUGGAUAUGUAUCAAUGUCACAAGGUGGGAUGCGGUAUGUGGAAUCAUGAGGCAUGCCUGGUCAAAGCUAUUGAAGAAAGAGCUUGGGAAAAGUUCAAGAAAGGCGCCUUGACCCAUGAAGUCCAGGAGCGUGAAGAGAGCAAAGGUCUUGCUCAGAAGGUGGGAGAGGCAGUCAGCCAUCUUGCAGACCGGGUAUUUGGCAAAGACGAGGUUAAAGCUGAGCCGCAAUCAACCACCACGGCUAUAACCAAAGGCAACAAGAAACUAAAGGCGGCAACGGACAAACAGAAACCUUGGACAGGCAAGUUACAGGGCCAAAUCAUCAAGGUGGAGCGAGGUGGCGCCGACGAUACUCACUAUGCCACGGUGACUCAAUACGUACCAAAGUCGAGCAGCAAGUCAGCUCCUUCUGACUUCGAACCCGAGAUAUGGCAAAUGAAGAUGGGUUGUUUGAAAUGUGGCGAGGCCCUGAACUAGGCAGCUUGUUGUCCUUGGGCAUAUUGUUCCUUCUCACACUUCUGUGGAUUGGCAUUUGUUUUCAGGAGGAGGCGACCAUGGUUCCUUGACUCUACAACGCGGCUGCAAGGCGUCUGGAAAAGCGAUGGGGUGGCACGGUGGUUAUUAGGUGGCCGCGCUUCGUGAUAGCUUGGUUUGCAUUUGCUGCCCAGAAAUUGUAUAUGGUUCUGACUGGUCUUCUAUGCUUACGUCAAGAGACAAAGUAAUGCUCGUAUGUACCUUGUAACAGUACCUCUGUAGUCCACCUUGAAUGGCCUGUGCG